AUGGCGCAGCCCUUCCGACCAAUGAAAUGGCCACAAAGUCCGCCCACCCCUCCCCUCGGCAACGACUACGAGAGAUCUCCUUCUCCUCCUUAUGAUGAUCGACCAAGUAUACGUACAGACGAGCGUGGCAUGGUGAUCGAGGAUGUCACUAUCGAUACUCCAACAAGGGUGUCGGCUGAGCUUUUGGCGAUAAAGGAACGCAAGACCAAGGCCAAGCCUAAGCGACAACCUAUACAAUAUGUCUCGAAGCACUUCUUUCAGGAGGACUCCCCGGCGAGGACACCAAGCCGCCGCUCGAGAAAAAAUGCCAACAAAUAUGCAGACGACGUCCUACCAUCAUUGACGGCUACAACACCGCCCGGGACGCCAGCCCAUCGGCCAGCACCGCGCAUCGUGUACGGACUCAACCUCGAUGAGCUCUCCUCGGACUCCUCCCUCACAGACGUCCCUUCAGACAUCGGACCCGACCCCUUUAGCCCAGCCGAAUUGGUCGCUGUCAAAUCGCUCGCUACUCCCAAGAAAGGUCGCCAGCCAAAGUCCUCCCCAUAUUUCCCAACACCUCACAAGCCUCGUCCACAUUUCCUUUCCACCCUGCCUUUUCCGCCUAUCUUCAACGCCACCUUUGGACUCAUGCAAGAGCGCCUCUGUGAUCGGCCCUUUGAGCUACUUUUAGCAACCAUCUUCCUCAACAAAACGCCCGGCGAACGUGCUAUGCCUGUGUGCUUCCAACUGCUCGGGCAAUACCCCACGCCUGCCGCAAUCGCAAACGCCAAGGUCGAGGACAUCACGCACAUCAUCCGACACCUGGGCUUCCAGAAUCAGCGUGCGCAUAAGAUUGUCGGGCUGGCGAAGGGCUGGGUCGCUCGGCCGCCCAGGUUCGAUGUGCGCUACCGGAAGGUCGACUACCCGCUCAAGGGCGAUGGGAAGAACGUGGCCCCAGAAGAAGCUAUCACUGACAUGGACGAGCGUGUUGCAUGGGAGAUCUCGCAUCUGCCUGGUCUAGGACCGUACUCGCACGACAGCUGGCGGAUGUUUUGUCGUGACAAAUUGCGUAGGAAAGCAACGGGCUACCGCGGCGAGGGUGCAGGGGAGGACUUUGAGCCGGAGUGGAAGCGCGUCUUGCCGAAGGAUAAGGAACUUCGCGCUUGGAUGACGUGGAUGUGGAUGAAGGAAGGGUGGGUGUGGAAUUGUGAGACGGGUCAGCGGACCAAGGCCCCGGACGAAUUGAUGGAGUUGGCUAGAGGCGGCGGGGUAGUCGUUGAAGAGCAUAAGGAAGGGAAGGAGAGCUUGCGCGUUGAGCAAGGCUACGACUACAACGGCGAUCUAGUACAGGAUCGAUCCACUGUGCCAGAACCGCAAAGGCCUGCAGGUAAAAUACUGGAUCAAGUCAAGGCCGAAGCUUCCGAUUAG